UACUACUACAACGGUUUCAUCUACCACUCACUGCAUGAGCAUUCAACACCUGUGACCCUUUCUUUAUUCUUCGUGAUUCUCACCUUUGUUAACGUAAAAAUCCUAACUUUGUUUCCUUUAUCAAUUGGGGUCCCCUUGAAAAAGACGCCAUCCCUCAUCAUUAUUCAAUUCGGUGAACCAGGCCAGGUGUCCAUGUGAACUCCUUUACUCUCUCUCUCUCUCUAAUGCCCUUCAAGCCCAGACACAUAUCUGCACUUCACAACCCUCCAAACAACAUUUAACUAUAUAUAAAACCAUCAUUCUGAACACCAUGUUUACUCUCUUCUUCUCUCUUCUUCUACAUUAGUUCUUGUUAUUCAUUAUUCAUUCUCAGCUUCUUUUCUUCUGGGGGGCAAAAGGGGUCACUUUUCAGAUCCGAGAUUGAGCUCCUUUACCCAUCAUCAUCAUGGAGCUCCUCGGGUACCUGAAUCAGGGUCACCCUUCUAGAGGAACAACACUUGUUAUUACUCUUUCAUUGGUGCUUUCGACACUUGUGUCCUUCUCCACUUUCACACAUGCCUUCUCUUCUUCUGCGUUUCCGGAACUGAAUCCUAUAAAACCUAGGCACUCACGUCUUCUCAGGAGUGCCGUGCAACAUGAAACUCCUACAUCACAGCUUUCUGAAAUAUGGUCACCUCUGGAAAGCCAAGGAUGGAAACCUUAUGUUGAAUCAAAUAAGCCAACAGCAUUACCAGAGAAGUCCGAGGGAUAUAUCCAGGUCUUUCUUGAUGGAGGUUUGAACCAACAAAGGAUGGGGAUAUGUGAUGCAGUUGCUGUGGCAAAGAUACUGAAUGCUACUCUGGUGAUUCCAUACCUUGAAUUAAAUCCUGUAUGGCGAGAUUCAAGCUCCUUCAUGGAUAUAUUUGAUGUGGAUCAUUUCAUUGAUGUAUUGAAGGAUGAUAUUUCUAUAGUUAAAGAGCUGCCUAAAGAGUUCAGCUGGAGCACAAGAGAGUACUAUGGCUUGGCUAUUCGAGAAACCCGAAUCAAGGCUGCGCCUGUGCAUGCAUCAGCCCAUUGGUAUCUGGAGAAUGUUUUGCCUGUUCUACAGAGUUAUGGUAUUGCUGCAAUCUCUCCAUUUUCUCACAGACUGAGUUUUGACAACUUGCCUAUGGAUAUUCAACACCUACGCUGUAAAGUCAACUUCCAAGCUUUAACCUUUGUUCCUCAUAUCAGAGCACUUGGAGAUGCCCUUAUCAGCCGCCUUCGCUAUCCUGAAGGCUCAGCUGGAGAAAUGGGCUCCAACUACCUUCAAGAGGUCACUGGUGCAGGUGCUAGGAAAAAUGCAGGGAAAUUUGUUGUUCUACACCUCCGAUUUGAUAAGGAUAUGGCAGCCCAUUCGGCCUGCGAUUUUGGUGGAGGAAAAGCUGAAAAAUUGGCCCUUGCAAAGUAUAGACAGGUUAUUUGGCAAGGGAGGGUUCUUAAUUCCCAAUUCACUGAUGAAGAGUUGAGGAGUCAAGGCCGUUGCCCUAUGACACCGGAAGAGGUUGGAUUGUUGCUAGCAGCUAUGGGAUUUGACAAUAGCACUCGUUUAUAUCUUGCCUCUCACAAGGUCUAUGGUGGAGAGGCAAGGAUUUCAACUUUGAGGGAAUUAUUUCCUCUGAUGGAAGACAAGAAGAGCCUUGCUUCAUCUGAAGAGCGUUCUCAGAUAAAGGGAAAAGCUUCUCUAUUAGCUGCACUUGACUACUAUGUUGGCUUGCAUAGUGACAUCUUCAUCUCUGCUUCCCCAGGAAAUAUGCACAAUGCAUUGGUUGGACACCGGACAUACUUGAACUUAAAGACUAUAAGGCCAAAUAUGGCAUUGAUGGGUCAGCUUUUCCUGAAUAAAACCAUAGAGUGGUCAGAGUUUCAGGAUGCAGUGGUUGAAGGUCACCAAAAUAGACAAGGGGAACUAAGGCUGAGGAAGCCAAAACAAUCAAUAUAUACGUAUCCAGCUCCUGAUUGCAUGUGCCAAGCUUAGUAGUGACUAGUAGUAGUAUAUACUUAAAUUAUUAUUAUUGCUCACGGAUGUAGCCUGUGUAUUUUAUAGUUCGGUGUCUUAUUAUUUAACAUUAUAUCUAGUGAAAAUAAAAAAGCUAUUUCCACUCCUAUUCCUAAUGGAGUUUGUUAUGUUGUUCUUGAUAAGAGUGCUUGAGAGUUAGUUGUGUAUUGUGUGGGAGAUGUAUUUAUCAGAUGAUGGCAUUCUUAGCAGGAGCCAGCCAUAUUAUUAAUUUAUAAUUUUAUAAUUCAAUAACAUGAGCCAUAUUGUUGUUUAUCAUUAUUCAA